GCUAAGCUAGUUAGGCUGUUAAUAGUAAAGUUAGCUCUUAAUAAACGCGCAAGUCGGCUGGCGUAGUUGCGAAUUAAGAUUUAAUAAUCUUAUGGAUUAAUUCUUUUAAAAAUAUCCUGCUGAUUUGUACGAAUCUCACUUUCCUUCCAUGGUGACAGUCCCAUAGGUAGCUGGCCCGCGGUGUCACGGUUAAUUCGCAGGAUCAGGUGUUCAACUAAUGCCGAAUCACCUGCAGCAGGAAGCUUGUCGGCCACUGAAAUCUCAGCAGUAGUUCAACACGUGGAUAUGGAUCUGAAGCAGGAUUCAAACUGCACAUAUCCAGAGGAGGAGGAGCAGCAGUCAUUGGCUGACGUUGCUCUGACGCCACCCUGUGGUAGAGAUGAGCGCUGCAGCGAGCCAGACUUCAGCCAGAUAGAGAACAGCAUCUACUUGCAGCUCCAGUUCUUCUUGAGCAAAGCAGAUGGCAUACUUGACUGCUUCAUCCAGGAGCAGCAGUGUACAAAGGGGGAUGCCGUAGUUGCUGCUGUGCAAAACGUCCUGUACACCUGUCAGCCUUUCUUUAACCACCUGGAAAACAUAACCAGAAGCACUGUGUCCCAAAACAACCCUCUGCCAGCUGAGGUUUCCACAAAGCUGUUGGACUUCUCUCAGCAGCUGUGUGACAAGUUGGAGCAGAUGCUGUUGGGCUUUGCCAGUCACAAUCUUCUCAGUUUGGAUGAGAAGGAGCCCCACAGCAUUUCUCAUUUCUGCAUCGGCCAGAGUCAGCUCGGCCAACUGAGGCUGACCGCUUUCCGGUACUGCAUACCGACGCCAUACCUCUCCCAGGUCUACACGGGGCUGUACAAACGUAUGCGCUGGAACGUGGACAGACUCCACAAGGAUGGGCAGGGAGAAACAGAAACCGACUACUACUUCCUGUGCUAUGAGGAUAGUUUCAGGGCACACAGAGGCGCUGAUGCGGAUAGCCGAGGUCAUGGUGAUCUGAAGAGGAUGUGGUCCAUUGGUCAGUGGAUACAGGUGGAUCCGGACCCCAACUCAGAUGAUAUAAAUGCCUGGAUCCUGUGUGAGGUCCCUCUGGGUGACUAUCGCAGGCUUUUGUUUCUGGGCGAAGAUGAGCCAUCUAGCUGCGAGGCUACAGACUGCAUGAUGAAGCUGCUGGUGACUCUCCAGAAAACAGAUUAGCACGAGGCCAUGCAGCAAGCAGCGCUUCAGUAUUUUUUAGAGCUCAUAAGAGACUGUUUAAGUUAUAAAGCAUGUUGCAGAUUCAUCUGCGUCCAGCUCAUGGGAGAAGAUCGAGCAUCUGGUUUUGGUUUGGACGUCAGAACAAAAAUUGCAAGUAUAUUUUAAGUGAUUAUAAAAAUAUGGGUUUUGUAUUUCUAUUUAUUGAAAGCUGAUUCAAACAUAUUUGGGAAAAUCUUUAAAGUUAACAAGGAGAUGUGUUUUUAACCAAGUACUGGAAAUGUUUUUGAGCCAAAGUCCAUUUUGUGCAGAAAAAUGUUUGAGUGUUUUAUAAUGGAAAUGCAGUCGGCUUACACAGAGUCAAGCCUGGCAUGAACCUCAAUAUUCAAACAACUUGUGUCGCCAACACCAAAUAACUGAGGCUGUUUUUUUUUCCCCUCGGUUAUUAAAUUCCUAGUGGCAUAAAGUGUCUUAAAUCAAACUCAGACUGCAGGAACCCUGGGAAAGUAGUAGUAGUAGACAUAUCACCACACUAUGAUGUAGAAAGUUUUAAAGCACACAAAUCAAGUGUUCAGAUAUUAGAAGGUUUAGUGUCUUGUUUCAUUUGCAUCUGCACCUCAGAAGAAAAACAGUGUUAUACUUUAAUUGUAUUAAACACACU